AUGGAAGAGUCCCAGUAUUUACUCGAUCAAUUCCUUUAUUACAUGGGAGUCAGCCAGCAUUUUAUCGAUCCACGCUCUUUUUCUGAUUCCAUGGUGUUGCUGUUUCAAACAAAAGAAACCCGAGAACAACAGAAACAGACUACAUGGUAUACGGAGUAUCUCCUUGUGAUGGCAAUGGCCAAACUUAUCGAGGGUGACCAGCCCAAAUCCCAACCACCGGGAUCGGAUCUGUUUGCAGAAGCACUAAGACGUCUACCUCCAUUGCAUAAGCUUGGAGAAGAGGGGAUAAUUGCUGUGGAAAUUCUCACCUUAGCUGCUACUUAUUUACAGUGGUGUGAUCGAAGGCAUGACGCCUAUCUUUACAUUGGAAUGGCUAUGAGAUUGUCAAUUGCACUUGGGUGUAAUAUACCUGAGAAUAAGCAAAUUUGCCUACCCUCACAGAGUGCACAUCGAGUUAGACUAUGGUGGACCGUUUAUAUGUUGGACAGGCGCCUAUCAUCUGGUCUUGGUCUGGCCGCUGGGGCCGAUGAAAGACAGCUCCAAACAGGCCUUCCUCGACAUGCCGUGGGUUUCGCAUCGCCCGUGCCAAUUAAGAUUAACACUUCAACAGUCAACAACUUGAAAAAGUGA